AAAAGCAAAAGAAAAGAAAAGCAGCAGCGGCAGCAAAGGAAAGAAAACCGCCGAUCCCUUCAUUGAUUUCAUUCAAAGAAGCAAGAACAGAACGGGCCAACCCAAAAAUAGUAAUAAUAAUAAUAAUUAUCAAGAUGCAGAGCGAUCAGAACCCGCAGCAACUUCAAGCUAUGUUAGACAAUUCUGCAAGUUUGAGCUUCAGUAGCAAGGAAGACGAUGAUAUGUCCAAAUCGGCGCUUGCGGCUUUCAGAGAAAAGGAAGAGGAAAUCGACCGGAUGAGGGCUGACCUUCAUAAUAAACUUCAAGUUCGUCUCGGCCGAGUUCAAGAAGAAUCAAGGCGUUUGGCUUCAAUUCGAGAGGAACUUGAUGCCAUAGCGGGGGAUCCAAUGAGGAAGGAAAUUGGACAAAUUCGUAAGAAAAUUGAUGCCCUAAACAAGGAAUUAAAGCCUCUUGGAAUAACAUGCCAAAAGAAGGAGAAAGAGUACAAAGAUGCCCUCGAUGCUUUUAAUGAAAAGAACAAUGAGAAAGUACAGUUAAUAUCAAAACUAAUGGAGAUGGUUGGUGAAAGUGAAAAGCUGAGGCUAAAGAGGUUGGAAGAAUUGAGUAAGCAUGUGGACAACACUUCCUAAUUUAAUUACUAAGUUCACUCAUCAGUUUUUAUUAGUUCCCUUUGGUGUUAUGUUGCAUUUUUUGUUUUUUGUUUUUUUUUUUUUUUUCAUUAAUGUUUGUAUGGGUGUUUUAAUUUAACCACUGUCAUAUGUUUUUACAUUACUUUCACUAAACAUUCUUAAUUUAGGGUCACAUAUAUGUAUGUAUUGCUUUUAACCAUACAAAUAUAUCUUGUAUCUAAACUUUUCAUCAUUUCGCCGGUAUAA